GGUUUCGAUUUGGAAACAAUAGAAGCUUAACUUAGCCCUACUUUAAGAGAUAAUUGCAUUUGUAUAAAAACAAGAAUCGCUAUUACUAUACAUUGUAUUCCGACAAAUACAUCAAACACUUCAACAUGUCUACCUUCGCCAUUUUGAUCCUUUGCUUCCAAGCUUGUUUGGUUCAGAAUGUCUACAGCCAUUGCCUUCGUCCUACUUGUGGUGCCCCCGGUAUCGCCGCGCCGGCCGCGUACGGCGCAGGCUACGGCGGCGAGGGUAUCGGCGACGUGGCGGUCGGCGGCCAGCUGCCGGUCGCCGGUAUCACACAAAUCUGUGGACAAGUACCUAUCAUAGGCGCAGUUGAAUUCGCAGGUCCUGUGAAAGCAUCUGGUUCUGUUACCAUCACUGGCAGAUGUACUUGCGGAUGCGGGUGCGGAGGUGGUUUUUAUUAAAAACUUGAGAAAAUAAUUUACAGUCACUAAUAUUUAUAUGCAUUUCAUAUUGAAUUUAUUUAAUAUUGUAUCCGAAUAAUUUAUUUAUAAAAUAUGUAUAAUGUACCCAUAGCUUAUUUAUACAACCUAUAGAUAAAAAAAUUGUAUCUGGGCUUUAUAAUUUAUGUAUAAUAAAAUAUACUGAAG